GCAUAUCGACUACAGACUUAUGGCCGACACACCGACGGCCGACACGCCUUACAUUGAGGGCAAGAACAUCGUCGUCGAGAUGGACGCGACCAAGGCCGAGCUCCCUCGCAUCUCGCGCAAGUUCAAAAUCACGUUCGUGGCGAUCGUCUUCAUCUUGCUCAACGGCCUCGCCUUGUACCUCUUGCACUUCCUCGACCGCGGCGCCAAGUCCCACUCGUCCAGCGUUCUCCUCUCGAGUGCGUCGUUUGGCGGGAGCGGCGCCAACCAAAAGCCCGUGAGUUUUGCGGCCAACGGAACGCUUCGCGUUGGCGCCGGCACGACUGCGUACCUCGAUGCAGCCACGCUCCCAAGCGACACGAUGCAGUACAUCACCACCGUGCGCAUGGGCACGUCGCAGUCGACGUACGCGACCAACAUCUUGACGUACUACUUGCCAUCCAAGCUGCAAUCGGUCGUGACGACCGUGACGGCGAAGGCCGACAAGACGCUGAGCAUGGCGGAGGCGCCGAGCGACAACGUCCUCUCGGGCAAGACCAUCCGCGGUGUCGCAACGCUCUCGGACACGCAAGCCGUCUUCCUCGAAGUGAGUUCGACGGGCAGCGUCUCGGUCGUGGCGGGUGCCCUCACGCAGUCGCCGCCGUCCGUGAAAUACUUGCCGACCAAGCGUGCGACCAUCGCGUCCUCGUCCUUCUCCAACAACAUUGGCGCUGUCUCGGCGACGACCUUUGUCACGGUGAGCUUCCAGCCGUACAAUGCGUCGGGUGCGUUCUUUGAAGAGCUCACGGGCGGCGUCGUUGCAAGCGACGGGAGCAUUACGACAGCGACGGCCGUCACGUUUGGCGAUGGCAACAACUUUAACGUCACUCCGUCGUACUCGACGACGUUCGCCAACCCCGUCGCGGUCCCCGCCCUCGCGGACCACUUUGCGCUGGCGUGGUGGUCGGACAUUGCGACCGACAAUAAGGGGCUUUGUAUCUACCUCGGCACGGUCGCCGCCUCGACCGGCGCCGUCACCAAGAAGAGCGAGACGUGCUCGAAGGCGUACCUUCCGUCCGCGUUCCUCGAGGUCGUCAGCAUCGCCCCCGAUAUGCUCGCGAUGGCGUUCUACGACAGUCUGAACGGCAACACGCUCACGAUCGCGACGGUGCAGAUCUCGACGAUCACGCAAAAGGUCGUCUUCCGCGGCGUCUAUACCCUCGGCGCCGCGGCGUCGGGCGAGUUUGACUUUGGCAACUUUUUCAGCUUCUCGCCCAAGCCGUCGCUCAAGGCGCUGUCGUCGACGCGCCUCGCGCUGGCGUUCUUGAACCCGAGCAACGCCGGCAAGCCGUAUACCCAAGUCUUCCAGAUCUCGGACACGUACACGCUCAAGCCAUUGACGCCGCUCAUGCGCAUGUCGGCGGCCGACUUUACGCUGGCGGGCGCGACGUCCGUGACGACGCCGACGGCCGUGACGCUCGACCUUGUCCCGACGUCGGCCGAGAGCUUUGUCGUUGGCUACACGGGCACGCUGGGGCCGGUGAACCCGAAGCGCCUCUCGCUUGUCGAGACGUACGGCAACGUGGCCGGCAUCGGCAGCGGCUCCAACGGCGUGACCGUCACCGGAUCCGUCUCGGUCGCAGGCGACCUCACGACGGGCCAAGCGUACUACGCGACGACGCGCGGAGACAUUGUGACCGUGACGCAAACGGACGCCGACUACUUUUACACGGCCGGCGACGCCACGAUUGUGACCAAGAGCUCCAAGAUCGGCGUGGCGGUCUCAAGCAGUGACUUGUACGUCGCGCCGCCGACCAACUAACAUGUAAGCACGCACCGGACGACGGCCCCGUGGCAUUUUUAACCCUCAUAAUGCACAUUUUCGAUUUCGUUGCCAUCA